CCGCCCGCAGCACGUGACCCCGCCCGCGGCCUCUCUCCACUCACUACCUGCUGCGAUACGGCGCGGCGACAGGCGAGAAGGCGGCGGCGGCGAGUGGCGUGAGAAGGAGGAGGCGGCGGAGGAGACAGUGGCGUGAGAGGCAGCGGCGUGAGAGGCUGUCCGCAACGGAGUGACUGAGCACACGCAGGCGGCGGGCACGAUGACGGAGUACAAGUUGGUGGUGGUUGGCGCAGGAGGCGUGGGCAAGAGUGCCCUCACCAUCCAGCUCAUCCAGAACCACUUUGUGGACGAAUACGACCCCACCAUCGAGGACUCGUACCGCAAGCAGGUGGUGAUUGACAGCGAGACGUGUCUGCUGGACAUCCUGGACACGGCCGGGCAGGAGGAGUACAGCGCCAUGCGCGACCAGUACAUGCGCACGGGCGAGGGCUUCCUCUGCGUCUUCGCCAUCAACAACUCUAAGUCCUUCGAGGACAUCCACCAGUACAGGGAGCAGAUCAAGCGUGUCAAGGACUCGGACGACGUGCCCAUGGUGCUGGUGGGCAACAAGUGUGACCUCCCAGCACGCACAGUCGACACCAAACAGGCGCAGGACCUGGCGCGCAGCUACGGGAUCCCUUACGUUGAGACGUCCGCCAAGACGCGGCAGGGCGUGGAAGAUGCGUUCUACACCCUGGUGCGUGAGAUCCGGGACCACAAACUGCGCAAGAUGAACAACGCCAACAACAAGGACGAGUGCAGCGUGUGCAGCUGCGUGCUCUCCUGACCCCUGGUGCUUGUGCAUGCGGAGAUGCCGUAGAGUGCCACUAUGCGGCCGCCGCCUGCAUUCGAGCCCCGAGGUGCUGGUCUCCGCCGACAUCCCGGGGCUGCGAGACCUUCCUGAGGGGCCGGGGGGAGCUGCAGGCGGCCAGUCCAACCCAGCCUCUCCCUCCCUCAUCUCCCACAGCCAUGGCCACUCACUCUUUAAUGCUGGCCAUGUUUAUCAACGGGCGGCAGUGCACAGCGGCCCGCGGGCUCGGAGUGCCGAACUCUUAACGCUGCCGUCGCCGCCGCCACCACCACCACCACAGCUACGCUGAUGCACUCUCCCUCUGGGGCCGGGACCCCCGUCUUGUUGCUGCUGUAGGAACGUGGCACACUGCUCCACGUCUGUCCCGCUGUAGGAACGUGGCGCGCUGCCCAGCACCUCUGGUGUGCAGGGACGGCGGGCGCAGCCAGGGCAGUUGGUUGGUUUCUAGUGGCAUGAGCCGUGAACUCGAAAGGGAAAUGCCUAACAGGUUGUACCACGUGCGGAGUUGCGAUGAUUUCACUGCACAUUUGAAUUUUGAAAAUUAUUUUGUUUUUAUUUAGUCCUGUUGUCUAACACAGUUGUUUUGAGUAGAUGUGCGGAAGUGUGUUUUACUGCGUAUGACUGCAUUUGUGUGCAUGUGUGUGCGCAUGUGGGGAGUGGUGGUGGAGUGGUUCACACACUGAUUUUUGGCCAUGCUCAUGUAAAUGGGUACUGGAACCGUGCCUGUGCCUCCUCUAGGUUGACUCGGUCUAAACACGAGUACCUUGUGCGGUGAUGUGUCAACAUCAAUACUGGAGAGAUGGGUAUGCAUGGCGCUAGCCAGACAACCCCCUCUUGUGCUGUGCCAGCCUGCAUAGGUGCUCACCAACAGCGUUUGCCCCGCAGUCUAUAAGGCUGACCUAUAUGUAUAUAAAUGUAAACGCAGUAUAUAAUUGUGCGUGUGUGUAUAAAGUACUGAUCGAGAAACCAUUUCAGAAAACCUAAAGCCAAAAAUGUGGCGAUGUGAAUCUCAUGUUAGAGCAGUUGUGUGUUAUUUGUUCAUCGCACUUCGCUUCGAUCCCCUCUUUCCCAUUUAGCUGGCUCAUGACUGGCACCUCUAUGACAGGGCUGUGUGACAGAUGGAGCUUCCGCCGUGUCGAGACGGCAGUGGGAGGGAGCUCGUGCUCCCAGCCGCGGGUGCAACCGCUUUGUCACCACAGACACUGGGACAUUCUUGGAUUGGUAAAUAACCGGUAACCGUUUGAGAAUUGGUUACCAGUCCGGAGAGUCAGGAGCCGGUAACCGUUUCAAACAAAAUGUUAGCAUUGAAUGCGCUGAUUGGCAUGGUGCAAGCAUACAAACGGCACGUUUACCCUCGUAACUCGGCUAGACGGAGCUCUCGAGGGUAUUUGGUCGACCACGCUGAUUAGACGUCUCAGAAGAGGUGGGCAUACCCACACUUUACCCCACUGCAUGCGACCUGCUGAUCAACUAUGGUCAACCCAUAUAUUCUGCCAGGUGGACAGACGAUGGCAAAAUUUUGGACACUUGCCCCAUUUUAUCAGCUGCCACGUCAAGAGAUUGAAUCAAACCACCAGCGAACUCUGGAUUGCAAGGCUAGUGUGCUCACCAUUACAACGUGGCAACGGCAUGCGUUGCUCAGUUAAAAAAGGUAAACGUUUCAUGUAUGUGGCACACAGGUGACUAGUGUUUUUUUCCAGAUUUAUUUGAAUGCGGUUACCGGCAAUACAAAUGGAUUUUCACGACCCUGGAACGUCCCCCUCGCAGGGCACAGAAGCCGCGAGUGGCGGGGUGGGCACGCCUUGCCUUGCCAGCCCCACUCGGCGCGCUUGGCUGGCGAACCCACGUGUGAAGAAACGUAACGCUGCCUUUUUGACUCGUAAGGCGGGCCUUCAUAGUGCAGAGCUUGUCCUCAGCCAAUUCACUUGGUCGUGACAUUUUAUGCAUUUGCAGCCAGGUGGGGUGUGACUUGCCACCGUGCGCCCGUUGCACAGGAAAAUAGGGCUCGGCAGAAGUCGACCCAAAGCCACCGAUUCUGCACAGGCCGCCACCCUCUUCAGAAUCGCCACUGUUGUACAGUGACCAGCGCAGUGGGAUGGUAAGAGGAUAUGUUCAUCUCCGCAGGCUAGAAUGCUCAAUGAGGGUACGUUUUUAUCCAUUUUUGAUCAGUAGCUGCCUAAAACAUUAACUUAAUUAAUGUAUAACUUGUAGGUGCGUUGGUAAUGUGGUCCCGUAAAUCGGCGGUGUGGAGACGGCUUGUGGCUUGCGCAGGAAUCUGAGCCAUGAUUAUCAGCAUGAGACAACCACCUUCUGAGCAACUUGAUGGUGCCUGCCAAAGGCAGUAUAGCAAGUCGGUUGCAGCUAGCUUCAUCUUUUUAGUCGAGAUUUGAGUGUUCUCUUGUAUGCCUUGGUUUUCUCCAGUCUCUGGUUUCCUCCCAUGUGUAAAAAUACUCGACAACAGACUUAACACCACUGGAAGAGGUCCUUCUUGAAACUGCCUUCAAGACUUGCUGAUGCUUUCCUGGGUGGAGACUUUCCAUUGUUGCUUUGGUUAUUUAAGGCCCUGUGCAAGGCCUUGCAAUUUAAGUGUUUUGCUUCGUAAAUUACCUAUACUCGAGUCAAGUUCAACGUGCGAUGUUUUAAACGUGGAGACACUGGAGAGCCGAUCUUGGUGGAGUCCGAGUGUUAUUACUGUUUUUGAAUGAAACACCCUUCGUGUUCAGGCUUGCCUCGUAUGAGGCUUAUUUGAAUCGCUGCUGGAUAAGCAGGGCUUUCAUUUUGUGUUUAAAAGGCAGUGGUGAAUCUCUGCAAUCCAUGGAAAUGAAUAAUUGGUCGUUGAACGCCUCUGCUCUGGUUGUGGUUAUCCAGAACUACAUUUUUACUGUAAGUGGCUUCACAAUUGCAAUGCACACAAGGAAUGUGAUGUGUAUGUAGAUGUGGCUCACAAACAUUGCCCAUCACAGUAGGACAUUGAUAGAAGUACCCGAGGUUGUAGUGAUUGACUUUAGUUCUGCAAGGGAGGUCACUGCAGUGUAGUGGGCUCCAUAUGGCAGGGUGGUGGCAAAGGGGUAACACUCGUGCCUCACAGCAAGAAAAACCUCCGAUGAAUUUCCAACUCGGGUGCCUAAAUGUGUGCAGUUCGUAUGUUCUCCGGUUCUACAUGGGUUUCCUCUGGGUUCUGUGAGUUCCUCCCAUAGUUGAAAAAGAGUGUCACUGAUAUUGGCUGAAAAUGUACCUGCAAGUUACUCAAUUGAGAUUCCACAUAGCAACAUCGUAAAAACUUGGAAGAACCCUUCUGAAAAAGGCUUAAGACUCUACAAUGCUUUCCUGGUUAAAUAAGCAAGAUACUAAUUCAUAACAUGUUGCUCUGUACCUCGAUAAGCUUUGCAACAGUCAGCAAUCUCCAAUGUAAUGUUGCUAACUUAAAUCAACUCAAGGAUUUCCAUACACGUGCCAUGACCCAAAACUAACUCCUGGCAGCUAUGACGAAUACGCAGCCCCAGAAUAAUGUGCAGGCCCCGAGCCACGUGCGGGCCACGUGCGUGCGGUGCGAGGGGUGGGACGUUAAAACGGCUGUUGGGACUCUGCCACGAGCUUGUUCGUUCAUGAUGCCACAUGGCCAUGGAGUGUGAAUUAAUGAGCUUCCAUACAUAGUGUUAUAUAUAUUCAGUACUCUAUAACAAUAUAUUGUAAAUGUUAUUCUCAUUACUAAAAUCACGUAAUAAUGGAAAAGAAUUUGCAAAUGUAACUGGGUAAAUUAUCCAAGACUUGGGAGCCAAACUAAGGCAUAUAAUGUUUAGGGUUCAUUGAAAAUCAAAUCUGUAAAUUACAAAAAAAUCCAAUCGCCACAAAUAUUACUGGAGGUUGGAAAUAAAUAAGUUCAACAACACACACACAGGUGUGUGCAGCAUUACAGGUACAAAAGCUCUUGGCCAUAUUCAGACCACCAGCUCGAAAGAACUGGCCAUUUUGCUCCGAGGUAGUAAUCUCCAUAUAUAUAAAAGGCAAAGUUGUGAUUAUGUGUGUCUGCUCAAAAUGUUUAGCGUACUUCCCGACAUGCAACAAACUGGAAAUUUGCCAUGUGGGUACUUUCCAAACUGUCCACCAUGCAAAAAUUAUAAAAAUACACUUUUGGUUCGAUUCCCGCUCACGGCCACCACCGGUGACGAUUAUUUUAACCGGUCCUGGGCCUCCCUUAGGUCGACUCAGCCUCAAACGACUAAUUGCUGUGGUGUGUGAACAUCGCCACUGGGGAGACAAAGGCGGCCGGGCGUGGUGGAUCCAAGUCCUGGGCGAAGCCGGGUAGUACAGCUAGUUUAAAUGAUAAUUUCCACAAUUAUUUUGAGCUGGUAAUAUGGAUUAGACUUUUGUACAUUCAAUGCAGCGCACUGGUGUAUGUUUUAAAAUCAAUUUGUUCAUUAAAAUGCUUGAAACACAGCCAAACUGAUAUUUAAGAUUUAGUUUUCAGUCAAAGUGUUGCAUACACAACCAGCCACAAAGCAAGUUAUAUGUAACUGCUGAAAUGUCCAGAAAAUCAUCGCGUGCUGGCUUUAACAGCUGCCCUGUUGGUCCUUGCAUAAUCACUUUUAAUCUUUUGUGCUGCAGCCACUCGAUCUUGUGUGUUUUACGGCGGGUGGAGGCAGUGCUUGUAAAAAUAACUUGGCAAAACGUGGAUAAUGAAAAUGGUGGAAAUGUGAAGUAGUGUUUGUGCGUGACACGAAGUUCAGGAAAUACUAUGUGCACCAUGGUUUAGCCAAUUGGGCAGCAGUCUUACCUGGACCUCCAAAACUCGCAUGCAAGAAAUGUAACCAAUUUCUAACAUGAAAUUAGGUUUCAUAAUUAUUUAGGUUGAACAUCAUUCAUUUCUACUUCAUCACAUUGGACCAGUUGUAAUGGGAAUUUCAUAUAACCAAUGUGGAAACAGACACUUUUGAUUUUGAGACUGUAGACUGGUUCAUUCAACAAGAACCCCAUGUACAUUUGUAGAGUAUUUUUUUCGUGGAAUCUUGGGAGAAAUUUUCAAAGAGAGUUACCACUGUGUGCAUAUUGUUCACCUUGUAACCCUGUUCACCAGGUCAUGAAAGCAACCAGCGCUGACUUGGAUCUAUAACUUUGGUUUAAAAAUCAUUUCACAUUGUGUUUUUGUGUAAAUAAAAUAUGGUAUGUAUAAAAUGUCUUUAAUUAGGGGUUACAUAGAGUACCUGUGUAAAAAAAUAUAUGAAUCUUGAACUCGUGAAAUCAGGAACAUGGUUUUCCUGUGCUUUCUUUGAACAUGGAAUGGAGUAUUGUGUGCCCAGCUGUUGAUUCAUGUCGGUGGCAUUUAGACAAUUUUAGGUACAAGGAAUGGAAUGUAAACUCAUAUAUAGCUUUUGUUUCUUGUUCUGAGGUUCAGAGACUCAAAGCUGAGUUUGACAAAUGCCAAAUAUUUACCAGGAAAGCCUCAUUGAGUCUCAAGACCUUUUUUUCAGGAGGGUUCUGCAUUGGGAUGAUUGGCUUAUGCCAUUAACUAUGUUUGAUUUUGCCGAGGGACAACACAUAUCCCAGGAGGCAGCCGGUUGAACUGGAUGUGAUCCACCACAAGUUCGGUGGAAGCGUGCUCUGCUCCUAUGCAGGCCCAUCCAAAGUAAUCCUCAAUUUCACUCAUUGUGAUUACGUCCUCCGUGAAUGUUUUUUCACCGACGGGUUAACGAGCAAUUUAGAGGUGGGGUUGACAUAAUGCAGGAAUGAGAGUCACCCGCUGCUAGGCAAUAGGCCUAUAGUGACAUUGAGUGUUCUAUUGUGUGCCUAGACUCGAGCCGUACCGCUGUGUUCCUGAACAUAAACCAAACAAUACUUUAUUAGCCUGAGCAAAACCCUCCUGAAAAAAAAUGUUCACUGAUAAUCUAUGUUUUCAUGCAGGCCAUGGGACUGGUGAAUAGUGAAUUGUUUAGGGAAAGUACAUUGCAGGAGGUAAGUAGAACAAUGGAAGGACCUGGGCAUUGAGGACGUGAUGGUGGGAUUGGAUGAGGUUAAUAACGGUAUUUUUGAAAACAUCUGUUGGGGUGCAUUUUGUUGUAAUGGAGUUUUCGCUCAAAGCCCCACGCCCCCACAUGGGGUCUCGUUUAGCUGCUUUAUCCCAGAUGACCAAGGGCCCCCGACAUAGCCCCCAUGUCCGAGUCAUUUUCAUUGACUUAAGGCUUUUUUUAAACUACCCUGUGUGGGAAUCGUAUAGUAUAGAUAUGAAUGCAUUUUAAGCUUUCAAUUAUGUAACUCCAAAUUGUGUUUUAUUGACACAUUUCACAGAAAAUAUGAUUCAUUAUUGAUGUUUGGCUCCGGACACGUAAUGAUCUGACCAAAUCUUUGUUGGUCAAACCCCCUUCACCGGACAUGGCCAAACAAAGCAACCGGCACGUGUAGGACCGUUUAGCACACCAAUUAUUGUUUCAGUUCACUCCGCAUUGAGUUGAAAAACAAUCCUCACAGCCACAUUUGGUAUCAAAUAGACGUAACUAUCUGAUUGAUAAAUAUGCGUCUUUAAGUUCCUCCACCAGAUACUAGUCUCAUUGUAAGUUUGGAUGAAGAUUGUUCAACUUACCGUUGAGCAGAAACAAUCAUUUGUACGUUAAACGCAGAACACGUGCCAAUUUGGCUCUUGGGUGGUGGAGGGUAAUAAGGACGCAUUCGGUCAGACCGUUGUGGCCUAACCAGAAAUAUAUUAUGAAUCAAAUGUGUUGUGAAUUUGGAUAGCAUUUAAGGCAAGACCAUUCACAUCUGCAUCUUUGUCAAUAUUUUAAUCCCGAUUCGUGGCGUCGUCCCUCCGUUAUAUUGGAUUUGGAGAGACAUCUGCCUCUAGGAGCCCAGUUCUCUGUUACAGGAAUCCAUGCCUAAUUUACUUUCAUAUUAUAUCUGGCACAAUUUGUAUUCGUUAGGGUUGGAUAAAAAGUAAGGAUUUUAAGUGCUUGCUAGCUUUUUACUCAGUGGGCAAAAUCAAUGGGCCAGUGCCUUGUCUACUUGGCCGUUAAUAACGGUGAUGAAUAUAGUUGAUAGGGGCCCACAUUAAUCGUGUAAGAUGGGGCCCUGGCAGUCAAUAGCAUCUCGGUGCUGGAGAGCUUUGUCAACAUUUUUGCAGGAGAGGCUAAUUCAUAUUUUCACUGUGGUACAUCACAUUUUGCUUAUUUCACCAUAGGUGGUGUCAUUAGGUGCUAUUCAACACAUUGGAAUAUGGGGUGUGGUGGUGCCGCACACAUGUCACAUGAACUUAAAGACUGGAUUGAUGGACUGUGCAGAGAGGUGCAUGAGGUUGCCACCUGUUGGGCAAUGAGGUGGCCAUAUCUCUCAAGAUGGCAAAUCAAAGUUUUGACCUGUGUGGAGAUUCUACUACUUUUGUAUGAGGUGGGGUUUGUCCAAUCAUUGCAAACAGUAAUUGGACAUUAUCCAAAACUAGGACCCCCGUGAGAAAGUAUUCAUCUUCAAUAACAUUCUCUUUGAUAAGAGGAAAUAGCUACAUGAUAUUGUUAUCGAAGUUAUUUGUUGAUUUACAAAAUUCACUGUUCAUACAAUGUCACUUUUGUGAGCCAAGUCAGUGCCUCUUGUUAACAUUUCCCAAAAUGGUGGCUCAAGCUGUUGCAGGACUGACCCUGUCAUCACAAGCUUGAGGAUUGUACUGAGAAGAUACAAGCCGUUUCAAUGAAGAUUAAUUCGCUGUAUAAACUGUCUCGUGUUAAAAAAAAAAAACACAUUUGCAGGGAUACAUCAGUCGCUCCCUAAAAACCCUUAGUUUGUGUGAUACCACAGUAAUGCUCAUUGACAGCACCGGUACCAUGGUGAGCAAAACAAUGGAUUAUUGUGAAUACAUGAACUGAACUCUACUAACCCCACUGGUGUCGUCUGUCUUUCAGAAAUGGUACUGCAAAUAAGACUGGAGGGCUUCAAAUGUACCUUUUAUUAAGGUAUACUAGUAUGUCAUUGUUACGUUUAAAUAAAUGUAGAGGAUGCAUGGAA